AUGCAGUUCACACUCCGCCAAGACGACGGCGUAACCCGCUGCAAAGUCGAAGCCGAAGCCUCGCACUCCUACGGCGGCGGCGGCCCCGGCCAAGUCCCUAUCGACAUGACCAGCGGAGCAAUCUACUGCUACGACGUCAACAACAACCGAGUCUACUACAACACCGACGCCAACGUGAACAACUUCAACGGCGCUACCAACACCGUAUCGGGAGCAGACUGCCACACCCAGGGCGAUGUCACGUUCCAUACCGCGUAUAAUAGCGCCAGCAACCACUUCGAGAUCUGCACUAUUACGUACAACGGGGCGGAUACUCAAGGUGUGGUUACUAGUAACAUUGAUUCUGGGACUGUGAGCGUGUCGACUUCUUAUUAUUAG